AUGUCGCACGGUGCGCCGCCGCGCCGCCCAGGCGCCCGGCCCGUGAAGCUCAGGACGCCCAAGCGCCCGGGCCUGGAGCUCCCGAUCGAGGACAUGUGGAAGCGCCUGAGCAACGCCAUUGCGCAGAUCCAGAACCACAACAUCUCCGCGCUGUCGUACGAGGAGCACUACCGCUACGCAUACAACCUCGUGCUCUACGACCAGGGCGACCUGCUGUACUCCGGUGUGCGCACGCAGAUUACCGCGCAUCUGUCGAAGACCUGCUCCGACCUCAUUGUGCCAGCGUUCCCGGCUGGAGGCGCCUCGGCCGCGCUGCCGGCCGGCAUCAUCCUGCCGAAGAUGGUGCGCCCGGCAUCCUCCUCUGCGACUGCGCCCGGAGCUGCGUCCAAGGGCAAGGGGCGUGCUCUCGAUCCCGAGCAGCGCGAGGCCGCAGAGCCCGACCUCGUCUCGGGCCCAAGCGCCGGCACAGCUGCAGCACCGCAGGUGGGCGACCGCACGGACAAUGUCGCCCGUACGCAGGCUGGCGAGCGCCUGCUCAAGGCGAUCCGCGAUGCCUGGGACGAUCAUGAGGCGUGCACCAAGAAGCUCAAGGACGUCCUGAAGUAUGUCGACCGCGUGUACGUCGGCAAAGCCGGCGUGCCCGAGAUCUACGACCUUGGCUUGGAGCUCUUUCGCGACACGGUCAUCUUCUCGACUGCCUUCCCGAUCCACACGCAUCUCUACACGACGCUGCUCGUGCAGAUCCAGAUCGAGCGCGAAGGCUCCGUCAUCAACCGCAGCGCCAUCAAGUCGAACAUCGACAUGCUCACUGCGCUGUCUGCGCCCAGCUCUGCCGGAAGCGGCCGCCUGGCCUCGUCCGCUAGCAGCUCGCGCCCGUCCUCGUCUAAGAGCGUCUACCAGACUGACUUCGAGCCAGCCUUCCUGGCCACCUCGACCGAGUUCUACCGGGCCGAGGCGACGCGGCUGCUCGACGCGCGCGAUGCUGGCGCGUACCUGCGGCACGUGGAGCGGCGCUUCAUCGAAGAGGCGGGCCGGGUCGCAGUGUACCUGCACAAUUCGACAGACACCCCGCUGCGGGUGCUGCUCGAGGCCGAGCUGCUCGCGCGGCACCUGCAGACGAUCAUCGACAUGCCCGGCAGCGGCCUGGUCACGAUGCUGGACGAAGGGCGGCACGAAGAUCUCACGAGGCUGUACAGUCUGUUCAAGCGCGUCACCGAGGGACUGCCGACGCUGAAGGCAGCCGUCAAGGCGUACGUGGCCAGCACGGGCAAGCAGAUCAACCUCCAGGUGGCGUCGCAGGCUUCGGCGCCGCCUUCUGCCGCCACGGCGAGUGCUCGCUCGGAUGGCCCGACCGUCGACGGCGACGGCUCGGCGAAGGCCACUGGAAGCAAGCCCACCACCGCGCGAGAGGCAGCCAGCGACCAGAACGCCGCGUCGACGCCACAGGCGGCCAUGGCGCUGAAGUGGGUCGAAGACGUGCUGGCGUUCAAGCACAAAUUCGACUACGUCUUGAAGCACUGCUUCAACGACGACAAGUCGUGCGAGACGGCCAUCAACGAGGCAUUCGAGACGUUCGUGAACAGCAACGCGCGCGCGCCCGAGUUCAUCUCACUCUUCAUCGACGAGAAUCUGAAGAAGGGCCUCAAGGGCAAGACCGAAGAGGAGGUCGACGACGUGCUCAACCGCACCAUCAUCGUGUUCCGCUUCCUGCACGAGAAGGACACCUUCGAGCGCUACUACAAGGGCCACCUGACGAAGCGCCUGCUGCAGGGGCGCAGCGUGUCCGACGACGCCGAGCGGGGCAUGAUGGCCAAGCUCAAGAUCGAGUGCGGGCACGGCUACGUGCAGAAGCUGCAGGGCAUGCUCAACGACAUGAAGGUGUCCGAGGACACGAUGGGCGAGUUUGCCGAGUCGAUACAGCGCAGCCAGCGGCCAAUGCCGUUCGACCUCUCCGUAAAUGUGCUGACGUCGACGUACUGGCCGAUCAAUGCGCAAGCGCAGCCGUGCACGAUGGGCCCGGCCAUGAUCGACGCUCGCGAUGCCUUCACCCGCUUCUACCAGUCGCGCCACAGCGGCCGCAUUCUGACGUGGCACCCGAAUCUCGGCAACGCCGAUGUGCGCGUCGCGUUCCGCGCUCGCAAGCACGAGCUCAACGUUUCGACGUACGCACUCGUCGUGCUGCUGCUCUUCGAGGAUGUCGCCGAGGACGAGCCGCUGAGCUACGCGCAGAUCCUCGGCAGCACGCAGAUCCUCGAGCCGGAGCUGCAGCGCACCCUGCAGAGCCUCGCGUGCGCCAAGUACAAGAUUCUGCUCAAAGAGCCAAAGGGCCGCGACAUCGGCCCGAAUGACAAGUUCACCUUCAACGCCGGCUUCACCUGCAGCCUCGCUCGCAUCAAGAUCGCCCAGAUCGCUGCGCGCGUCGAGUCCGCUGCCGAGCGCAAGGAGACGACGGCAAAGGUGGAGGAGGAGCGCAAGAACCAGGUCGAGGCCUGCAUUGUGCGCGUCAUGAAGGACCGCAAGGCGAUGACGCACAACGAACUCGUGCAGGAGGUCAUCCGGCAGCUCGUGGCACGCUUCCAGCCCGCCCCGGCGCUGGUCAAGCGGCGCAUCGAGAGUCUGAUCGACCGAGAGUACCUCGAGCGCGCCGAGGGCCAGAUGAACGUGUACAACUACCUCGCAUAGGCGCGCGGCGCCCGCCUCGAACGACAUAGGGUCCAUCCGACACCACACACACACCGCCUCUCAUUAGUC